AUGUCAUCAUCUACAACAACAGUGGCGACGACCGUGUAUCAUCACCAUCUUCGUAGUCAUCACUACAUCAAUAGAAUCGUUAAAAGAACAUUCAAUGACAUUGUAUCAUCAACAAGUGCUGCUGUAUCAUCGACACAUUUGAUAUCACCACCAAUUAUAUCAUCUCUGAUUGAUAAGAAAGAAUUCUAUGUAACCUAUAGUCACGUCACUCGAUCUCCUCCUCCUCCUCCUCCACCACCUCCUCUUGAAGAAUCGAGUGGAUCAUUUACAACAACUGUACUUUCAAAACUUGGUUUAAACAAGAAAAAACAACCUAUUAUACCAUUCUCUUUACAUGCACCUCCAAUACAUCACAAAGAGACAAUAGAGUUUGAUAAACAUGGUUUUAAAUGGAAAGAUGAUUAUCUAUGGAUGAAUAAUCCAAUAGAGGCAGAUGAACGAGUACAAGAAUCGAUACAACAAGAAAACGAUUAUGCAGACCUCUAUGGUAAAUCUGUCAUCAAACAUUUACAAUCACAAAUCAAACGUGAAAAGAUGGAUACAAUCAUCAAUCUAUCAAAACAAAAAGAAGAAGAUGUAGAAGGUUAUCAAUACAUUUCAAACAAAGAUUCUUAUUUUAGAAAAAGAUUAAUUGAUGGUCAAUGUCAUGAAUUAUUUAAAAAUGGAAAAGAAAUGUUUGAAUAUUUAAAAAUAACAGAUUUGGUAUCAUUUAAAUUUGCAGAGGAUCAGAAACAUUUUAUGUAUGGUGCAGAUGUUGGUGAAGAGACUUAUCAUUGUUUUAUUAAAGUACUCCAAGAAAAUAAUACUAGUAUAACAUUGGAUCACAUACCAAACGUUGUCAGUAUAGAGUGGGGAAAGAAUAAUGAAGUCUAUUAUACUGUUCCAGAUCAUCUCAAACGUCCUCAUAAACUUUAUAAAAGAAUACUUGGUAGUAAUCAACCAGAUGAAUUAAUAUUAGAUGAACCAAAUGAUUCUUAUUUUCUUGAUUUGGUUAAAUCAAAAGAUGGUAAAUAUAUAUUCUUUUGUUCAAAUAGUAAAACUUCAUCAUGUGUAUAUUCUCUAAGAUUAGAUGAUCCUGAUCAAAGACCAAAAGUGUGUAUAAAGAGAAAGGAAAAUUUGGAGUAUUAUGUAGAACAUAAUGGUGAUUCAUUUAUUAUAUUUGCAAAUAUAGAUAAAAAGGAUCUUUCUAUAUUUGUUGCAAAGGAUACAUUGGAGAAUGGUUCAAUUGAGGAUUUGGAACCACUUGUACCUACAGAUGACAAUAUAAAUAUAAGAGAUGUCGAUGUAUUUGAUAACAAGUUGGUGCUUUGUGAAUUACACAACUCGUCACCAAGAAUUCGAAUUAUAUCAAAGAAUGUACAAACUGGUAGAUUCGAUGCUGCAUUAUCAAAGAGUAUCGAUUUCCCAAAAACUUCAACACUUGCAUUGGGUAUCAAUCAAGGUUUCAGUAGAAAAACAAUACGUGCCUAUUGUUGUGAACCGCUAAUCCCUUCAAGUGCCUAUGAUAUCGAUAUUUACACUUAUGAUACCACAGUUCAUACACCUCCAUCUAUUCAUGGACCAUUGGCAUUAUUACCUUCAGAUUAUACAUGUCAAAAGGUGUUUGUUCAAUCAAAACAUGAUCCAUCAAUUCAAAUACCAUUAUCAAUUAUUCAUCAUCGUGAUAUUAAAUUAAAUUCUUUGAAUCCAACAUUAAUUAAAGGAUAUGGAGCAUAUGGUACAAUACUUGAUACAGGAUACGAUGAAUCAGAUUUACCAUUAUUAAAAAGAGGAUGGGUGAUUGCAAUGGCACAUGUUCGUGGUGGAGGAGAGAUGGGAAGAAAUUGGUAUGUCUCUGGAAAAAAGGAAAUGAAAAAGAAUAGUAUUUUGGAUUUUGUAGAUUGUGCAGAAUAUCUUUGUUCUAGUGGAUAUACAAGUAAUAACAAGUUGGUAGCACAUGGUAGUAGUGCAGGUGGUGUAUUAAUGGGUAAUAUGGCACUUUCCUAUGGCCAUCUAUUUAAUGCCAUUGUAGCAAAAGUACCAUUUGUCGAUAUCCUAACAACCAUGAUGGAUGAAAGUCUUCCACUUACCAUUCACGAGUAUGGUGAAUGGGGUAAUCCAUCAACCGACAAACAAACUUUCAAUACUAUUUUAUCAUAUGAUCCAUAUUUUCUUAUUGACAAGAAGAAUAAGAAUAUUCAACUACCAAAUAUUCUUGUAACAGCAUCUUUAUCAGAUAUUAGAGUACCAUUUUGGCAACCAAUGAGAUGGGUAGCAAAAUUAAGAGAAUCACUUUUACUCCAAAAUAAUAAUGCAGAACAAAGAAACCCAAAUAUGGACUGCUAUAGCAGUAGUAAACAAUCAAAACAACCAAUAAUAUUAUUAAAAAUAGAAGAUUGUGGACAUUUUGGACCAAAAGGACAUGAAGAUCAUAUGGAUGCAAUGUCAUUUGAAACAGCAUUUAUGAUUAAAUCUGUAAGUGACAAAUAA